GUGAUUUCCGCCUUAUGUGACGACGAAGGAAAAUAUUUCGGAGCGGUUUCUGAAUAUUUAGCGGGAGCUACUUACGAAGUUCUGGAGGACUUACUGAACUCCAUUCUGAAUUCGCUAAGUCUCGACGCCAGUACGCGCUUCAAUUGUUUGGAGGUGCUCCUCAGGGAAGAUGUGAGGAAGCUCGACACUGGGAUGUUUCCCCAAUUCUACUACCGGAAAAUCUUGGAAGUUAUCUCUCAGAGAGGCAGGAGGUUGAGGCGAUUGAACCUGAAAGGAGUUUGGGUAAGGGAUUACCCAGAAUUGUUGAGCGAAAUGGUGAGGAAACUUGAAAUGCUUGAGACUCUCGUUAUACCCCAUAUGGCCGAUGAUGAGGUGCUGGAAUCUAUUAUGUCUCUGAAGAAACUGACAGUGCUCGAUAUAUGCGGAGAAGCUUGCUAUUCAGUUAGUGGUAUCAGAACCUUGAAGAGUGACACAAUUCGAGUCUUACACAUCGGCAGCUUCGGAAAAACAGAUUUAUGCCAACAAGAAUCCAGCGGAUCCGAAAUAGUAGCAGAACUGAUAGAAAAUCUACCAAAUCUAAACUAUCUCCGUACCUAUUCCUACACGGGACACGCCCUUCUAACAGUCUACAAUCGCAAUCCGACUCACCAAACCAAAUUAAAGUACUUGCACGACACUAACACCUCCAUGGAAAUAAUGGAGAGCAUCCUAAAGUUGUGCCCGGCAUUAGAAAGUUUGCAUUUUGACAGUCCUGCACCUGGAAUAGUCGAAAAAUUAGCCAACUUCAGGAAGCUCAAUAGUUUGAAACUAACUAAAGGUAACAUGUCGGAGUUGCUGACGCUCUUGCGAGUCUCUGGCUCCCAACUAGAGGUAUUAAAAUUGAAUCACGAUAAAAACACUUCGCUAGACCUGUCUGAAAUUUGCUUGCUCUGUCCUAAUUUGGUAGAACUCGAGUCUUUCCUGAUGAGGAUAACUUUCUCCAACUUGGACACUUACUUCAUGAGCUUGGAGCGCUUGGAGUUGUCUUACUGCGACAUGUCACUCGGAGUUUUGAGAUUCCUGAUGACUAAUUCUCCCUUCCUAAAGAAAAUCAUCGUGGGAUGCAACAUCAAUAUGACCGAUGGGGAUGUUUUCAGACUCUGUGCAGAAUGUGAUUUCAACUUUCUGGAAGAAGUGUGGUUUUCCAGUGCUAGAUCUCUGACUUCUACCAGUGUGGAACUUUUGAUGGGACAUUGUCCUAGUUUGAGGGUGUUGGGACAGUUGAGUGGGUGGG